UGAAGAUAAAAGAAUGUUCUUUGAUGUUCAAGCAUUUAAAACAAACUAAUAAGUCUUUGUUAAAAACUGCAAGGCUAUUGACUAUAACAGUUGAAUUAGGAAAAUCCACAAAACUUCCAGAAUGCAUUGUUAAAAAUAGUGAUUUAAUUCAACCACUACAGUGGAAACGUAUCUCGGGAUCUCAGGGGAAAGGACUACUGCAAUUACAACCAUUCUUCGAAAUGCUUUCUUUGUCGCUUCUGAGCUAUAGAACAGAAAAAACUUCAAUAUCAUUAAAAUCCACACCGCAAGGUUGCCUGGAAAAGUUAAAUGAACAGGAAUACGAACUGGUUUUCCGAAAUUUUUUGCUCAACUUUACAAGAGAAAAGGAAGAAAUAUGUAACGAACAUAUCGGGAGUAGAUCACAAUACGCAAUAUUUUAUCACGAAUGUUGUCAUUAUGACCAAAAUGGAAACAUGCAAUGUAAUCCCGUUUUAAAGAACAAAUGGAUGAUAGCUCUAGAGUAUUGCACUUACAUUGUAAUUAUUAUUGUUGUGUUGUAUUGUCCUCUUUUGGUCCCGUCAUCUUUGUAUGAUUCGGAUUAUUGUCCCAAAAGGUUUGUGCUUUGUCUUCAUGAUCACCACUCCUCCUUCGAAGUAAAGAAAGUAAAGAAUCCUCCAAAACCCGGAUUUUUUAUUAACGAACAAAUGAAUGGGAAAAGCACUUUUCUGUCAUACACUAAAUUGAACAUGUUGAUCGGUAUGAAGAAAUUUAAAGAAAUACUUAAAACAAAAAAUGACGAAGACACACAUCAAUUUAAAUUCUCAAAUAUAUAUUUCGACGUCAGGGCCGACGAACUUUUGAGCGCAAAUGAAAACCCUAUCAGUUUUUCUAAAAUAUUAUACAAUCUAUUCUUAAAAUGCGGCAUAAGAAAUCAGGAAGGCGUUGCCACAUGUUGUAAAUCAAAUAUGUUUGGUAAAUGUUUGGAAAGCAGGAUAAACUUUCAAUGGUAUAAAUUAUUUCGUUUUCUUCUUCGAAUAAUUUUAUCACUAGCCGUAUGCCUACCGUGGGUUAUUCGUAUAAGUAUUUUCUAUGUUUACGAAAAUGAGAUACGUGAAACAAGACACAAGGCAGCAGAAACCAAAAACUUACUUUUUCGUAUAGAACACAGUAUAGCGUAUUACGGAACACCUUUACAUAUUCUUUUCAUUUUGUCUUAUGCUUUCAUUUGCCUCGGUUACAUCUCUCUAGAACUUACAAGUGUAAUUUUACUCAAGAAUGUCAAGAGUUUAGUCCGAGAAAUUUUAACAAAGUGUUUUCACGGUAUCUGUUGUCGAUCUUCGCAAAAAUCUAUCCGAUGGCUUAUAGAAGUUUUAUUGCACCCCUUCAGUGAAAAGGGAAUUUUUGGGAUAUUCUUUGUUUUCCCGUACUGGAUAUAUACUGUGCCUACAAGUGUUGCAGUUUCUGCCUACUAUCUUUUCCCAGCCGUUUACAUCGCAGUGAAUUAUUCAAGUAUGAUUCUGAAUAUUUUUUGUACGUUCAGUUGUAAUUUAAGGAAAUUACAAUACACACGAAAGAGAACUUCUUACUUCAAUUUACGAGAUUUCUGCUCUGUUGAAGAAAAGAACAAAAUGCACCACAGUUUAUCAGUUUCAACUAUAGAAAUUGGAUUAAUGUUUAUUAUACUGUGUUUAAUGUUGUCAUCUCUGUUGUUGAUAGUUGAACUUGUAAUAUUUUUGAUAAAGGUAGGAGUCUACACCAUGGUGGGAAUAAUUUUAAAUUCAUCACAUGCCAUGCAGUACAUAUCGACAAUUUCAUUAGCAUGGUUGUACUACCGUAGAUGUUUUGGUGGAAUUUGUCAGAUUUAUGAGAGCUACAAUAAAGCUGUUCAGCGCAUCAUGUACGGAGCAAAUAAACAACACGUGGAUAACAUAGCCAAAAAACAAAUAAACGAACAAGAGAAUAUGGCAUUUAAGGUUAAAGGUUCAGAAACAAUAUUGUAUGAUAAAAUCGGUAAACAGAAAAACAAACGGAAAAUAAACAUUGAUAACCAUGAUAGAGUUCUAAAAUACAGGACAAAUGGCGUCAUUUUGUUGUUAGAUAGGUUUGAUAAACAAUACAUAACGAAAAAAUUCUUUUUCAAAGUUUGUAACAUUAUACCUGACGGUCCAGGGCCGAUAAGCAAACACUUCGGUGUAGCAAUGAGGCGUUUGAGCUUAAUUUUUAUGUUCUUGAUAUUCGUGACGCUUGUUGUUUUAGCAUUUGGAGAUUCAUACAACGUAUCUUUUUCUAAUCAGUUGUUAGCCACGCUUGCCGGUGGAGUCGUACCAUGGAUUCUGAUGAAAACUAAUAUUGUAUUUGCACAAGCUGACAAGAAAGAUGCAAAUGAACUUGUUGAUAUAUAUUUUGGCAACGACAGUGAACGAAAUGUGUCACUGGAUUUAACAGACAGUGGUGAAGUAAGUGUGAAGAGUGUAUUUAAGAAGAAAUUUGAUAAUAAAAUUAAAGAGGAUGAAAAAUGGUGGACCAUUGCUGAUUUUGGUGUGACAAAAGAUAAACCAUUAGUUGAUGAAGAAGACCGCGACAAAAAAGGAAAUGUUGAGGAACAAUUAGAUCGUAAUGAUGAGUAUAACGUUAGAAGUAUUCACCGGGAGACUACGGUUUAGAGAUGUGUUAAAGCUUACACUUUUUUAAUCAUACAUAUGUCGUUCAAUAAUGAUGAUUUGACUUGUUUGAAUGUACUAUCACUUGUGAAUAUUCUAUCAUGAUAUAUUUUUAAAAAUAAGGUGAUGUUGUAUGAUUGCCAAUUCACAACUAUAAAAAACCAGAUUUAAGUUGAGCUGACAGUUGUUGGCAUGAUACGGGUUAUGUUCUUCUCAUAUAUUUUAUGAUGGUAUGAUACUAAACCCCUAACGGGAGGGAUUGUACUUGAUUUUCAUAUGAAGACAUAAUCUUUCAAUCAGUUUAAUUGAGGUCUGGAGCUGGCAUGUCAUGAACUGCUAGUAGUCCUUUGUUAAUUUAUGUAUCAUAGUCAUUUUGCUAAGUUUCUUUUGUUACCUAUUCUGACAUCGGACUCGGACUUCUUUUAAACUGAGUUUUACUGUGCGUAUUGCAAUUUGUUUCUUUAUUCUACAUUGUCUAGAUGUAUAGGGGGAGGGUUGAGAUCUCACAAAACAUGCUUAACCCCGCCGCAUUUUUGCGCCUGUCCCGAGUCAGGAGCCUCUGGCCUUUGUUAGUCUUGUAUGUUUUUAUAAUUUUAGUUAGUUUAUAUGUUUUGGAGGUUAGUGUUACGUCCAUUUUCACUGAACUAGUACACAAUUUUAUUUAGGGACCAGCUGAGGACCAACUCCUGGUGUGGGAUUUUCUCGCUGCGUUGAAGACCCAUUGUUGGCCUUCGGAUGUUGUCUGCUCUUUGGUCGGGUUGUUGUCUCUUUGACAUGUUCCCCAUUUCCAUUCUCAAUUUUAUUCAACGUGAGCAAUUUGAGGACACCACAAGACCUUUAUCUUUGAGCCGAACUUAUACAUGUUAUACCUUAUGUACUUUACUUACGAUGAUUUAAACACAUUUUUGUUUCGAAUCUUAACUUUAAUGUAAAAUCGAUGAUUUUUAGUUUUCCUUGUCACUUUCCAUUUCAAAGUAUGAAUGUUUUAGCACUGUCCGAAAAUGGAGUAUUUAUCUAUGAUAUUCGACACCUGUCCUUACACAUGGGAGCUAUUGAACUUGCAUAUCUAGUGGUAACUUGAUUUUUUUACCGAACGUUCUAUUGGCGUCAUUAGUAUUCUGUUGACCGUUUUGAAAUAUGUAUGUCACAGAUGACCACAUUUAUGUUUCAAUUGUCGUUGUACCAAUUUACAAUCAUCGGUUGUGACAGUACCAAAUGAGAUGUAUCAAGCACCGAAUUGGUACGUCAAAUGAGAAAAAAAACUGACAUUAUAAUAUGACGUGCCUAAACGCUUUUAAGCGUUUAUGCUGGUUUGUGUACUGUCUUAAAUUUAUUUUAUGUAUUCGUUUUUAUUAUGUGGUUAACAUGUCGAAAUGUACUAUUAUAUUAUUCAUUUAUGUAUUUCUCUGUCCUGAGUGUACUUGCAUUUAUUCGUACUGUAUUCCUGUCAUGUAAUGUUAUCAUUUAAGCGGUAUAUUUAACAUUGCCAUAAAGCGCGAGGUUUUUGCUAGCCACACAACCAGGUUCAACCACCAUUGUUUCUUAAAAUGACCUGUACCAAUUCAGGAAUAUGGCAGUUGUUAUCUUAUAGUUCGUUUCUAUGUAUGUUGCAUUAUCGUUUGUUUUUUGUUGCACUUCAGUGUUUCUGUUGGUCUGUUGCUUUCCUCUCAUAGUUGAUGUGUUUCCCUCAGUUUUAGUUUGUACCCCGGUUUCGUUUUCUCUCAAUCGAUUUAUGACUUUUGAACAGCGGUAUAUACUACUGUUGCCUUUAUUUGAUUAUACACCCGUGUUUAAAUAUGUUCCGAUCAUUAUCCCGUAUGACGUAAGAAUAUACCCAUAUAGGAAAAUUCAGGAUUGUGAAACCGAGAGUCAUCAAAACAGGGAAACAUAAACAAACGAUGAUAAAAUGUUUUAUAAGCAAAUUGUCUUUUACAUUGAAGUAUUAUUAUCAUUUACAUUCGUCCAAACCUAUCAAAUUCUUUAUUACAAAUAAGUAUGUCACUAGUUCAGUUUGCUCCGUUCUUUUACGUCAAUAUGAUAUUGUGUUUAUCUACGAGAAUGGCAAAUAUUUGCCUACACCUAGAGCGAUUCGAUAAAAAACAAUUGACGCAUUAGUUCUAUUAAAAUAGAUACAUGUACUACAAUAGCAAGUGACUGGUAGGAAUAUUUCCUUUUUCACAACAAACAUAUAUUUGACUUUCAAUUUGUCGAAUCGUUUUGACUGAACGUAAUCUUUUAUCACAUCACAUUCAUAUUUUAUUUAUUUUUCAAUAAUUAUAAUAAAAAUUAUAUACAUUUUAUAAAUUUUUGUGAAAUAUUAUAAUGCAUAAUUUUGAUACAACUAUACUAUGAUACAGUCUUGCACUACUUUUUAAUUGUCUUUAUGCAGUACCUGUACGUUUAUGGUAUUCAUCUGUGGGGGUCGUCGCCUUUCUUUUGUCUGUUUUAUUUGUCAUGAUUUGAUUUUCAGGGUUUACAUUAACAGGUGUUCAGUGGUGAUAUUGGCUGCUAACUCCUUGUGGUGCAUUAUUUCGUGGUUUUCUUACCACCGAUUUCUAAUUAGAGACUUUAAUUUGUUUACUUUGAGUACCUACUGCUACUGCGUUUUUUUGCGUUUUUACCAUUGGUUUUCUAUCAUCACUGGUAUUUAUGUUAGUGGAUAUUUUCAAUUUAUCGUUGGUACUUUUAACAUUUUUUACAUAUACUUAAUUAAAUGACGCCUUUGUACAUGUUUUUAUGUAAUGUUUCUAAUGAUACUUUACUAGAGGUAUUAUUCUAUCGCAUGAUGCUUUUCAUAUGCUUUUCUUUACUUUAUCUAACGAAACUUUAACAUUUGUUAAUGUUUUUUUUCUUAUUAUGUUAUUUUCAAGUAUUUGAAUUUCUUUGUUUAAUUAUAAUUUUAAAUUGUG